GCAUAAUGAACCGGAAGUACUUUCGUUUUCAUGGUUAUAACAGAGCAUUUUUCAAAUUAAAAACUUACGCGCUCUACGAGCUAUCAAGGCGGACUUGCGGCUUUGUAUUGAGUCUGCUGGUUUCUCGUGUGCGAAUUGAAGUGAUGGAAGACUACGGGACUGGAUUCCGGCACAAGUUGGAGAAGUGGCCACGAUCUUCCAUAACGGGUUUUUUUCACAAAACCUCUAUUCCGGAGAUUGUUGAAGGGAAGAAGGUGAAGCGUCUCUUUCACCACUAAACUACAGCAGAAAUACGUUUCCUGACGUUUUCCUGACGAUUACUUUUAUGCAACAACAUAUGAAUACCUGGCGCCAGUCUGUCCACCCACCCCCCGGUUGAAAUGGUCUGGAACUGCCACAGCAUGUGGUCUUCCUUUCAACUUCAUGGUGUCUCAUACCAUCCCAAAACAGGCAUAUAGGUGUAAACACGCAGAGAUUACGAUGAUGACUUCAACACGAUAAUGCUGUGAUUAAAUGAAUAUCCAUUGGUGAUGUGCAGUGCUUGAAGUGGGAAAAAAUAAGUGCAGGAACUCUAAUUUUCUCGGGCCACUGUCGCUGCGUCAGAUCAGUUUCAGUAAGUACCGGAACGCAGAGAAAAGUGGCAGAACCCAAAAGACGAGAAUACAGAAGUUCUGGAACUGCGUUCCGCUGCGUUCCGGCCCACUUCAAGCACUGGUGAUGUGGUGAUGGGCACCAUCCAUCAGCUGGAGCAAUAUACCAUUCUCGUUGUGGAACAAUCUGUGUUUCAGCAUUGUAAACUUCCACCUCUGAUGGCUGUAUGAUCAAAGGCCAACCAAAAAGAGACUUGGUGGAAGUCAACUGCCUUGAGUGUGUCAUUUUGGAGGAAGAGACAGAAGCUGUUUUCUGUGGCUGAGGAUGACUUUGUCAGGAACGCUGUUAGACAUGGAGAUGGUGGAUUACAGCGACGCCCUGGACCCGGCUUACACCACGCUAGAGUUUGAGAAUCUCCAGCUUCUCCCCGUGGCCCUCGACUCCCCCGUGGUGAGCGCCAGCGCACACGGAGCCACCUACCCUGAGCCGGGCGCCCUGUGUAACAUCUGCGGAGACCGGGCCACUGGCAAACAUUACGGCUCCUCCAGCUGCGAUGGCUGCAAGGGCUUCUUCCGCCGCAGCGUCCGCAAGAACCAUGUCUACUCGUGCAGGUUCGACAGACAGUGUGUUGUGGAUAAAGAUAAAAGGAAUCAGUGCAGAUACUGUCGGCUGAAGAAAUGCUUUCGAGCAGGAAUGAAGAAAGAAGCGGUGCAGAACGAGAGAGACAGAAUAAGCAGGCGGAGGUCAGGACAUGAGGAUGCCAGCCUGCCCCCCAUCAGCGCACUCGUACAGGCAGACAUGCUCUCAAGACAGAUAUCGGUACCGGAUUCGCUCCUACACGGGGACAUCCGGAUUAGGAAGGUCGCGACCAUCCCAGACGUGUGUGAAUCCAUGAGACAACAGCUGCUUGUACUGGUAGAGUGGGCCAAGUACAUCCCCGCCUUCUGCGAGCUCCCGCUGGACGACCAGGUUGUUCUACUGCGUACUCAUGCUGGGGAACAUCUGCUCCUCGGGGUCAUCAAGAGGUCAAUGCAGUUCAAAGACAUGCUACUUCUAGGAAAUGGUCAAAUCAUAACCCGGAACUGUGCCGAGCUCGAGGUCAACCGGAUAGCGACGAGGAUCCUGGAGGAACUUGUCCUGCCUUGCCAGGAACUCCAGGUAGAUGACAGUGAGUUCGCUUGCCUGAAGGCCAUCAUUUUCUUUGACCCAGACGCGAAGGGCCUGAGCGACGCGCAACACAUAAAGCAGCUAAGGUACCAGCUGCAGGUCGGCCUGGCCGACUACGUCGCCGACCGGCAGCAGGAGUCUCGCGGCCGAUUCGGCGAGCUGCUGCUCCUGCUGCCCGUGCUGCAGAGCGUGGCCUGGCACAUGAUCGAGCAGGUCCAGCUCGCCAGGCUCUUUGGCUCGGCCAAGGUCGACAGCCUCCUGCAGGAAAUGCUGCUGGGAGGUUUGAUGAAUGAAACACACUUUGCCUCUCCUCUUCUACAUCAAAAUGGAGUCCCAGAGUGCCUCAGCAAUAACUGUGUGGUGGACAGCAAUAUGCUUUUGAGUGAUAGAUUGAUCUCCUCUCCCGAAACACCCCUCACAUCACCAUUAGCAACCUCCGUCUGCGAGCAGUACAACCAGGGUGAUAUCACCAUGCUGCACAAAGACGUUCCACUUCUACCCCAGCACAUUCCCACCAAGCAAGAGAGCCACUGAGCCUCCUCACAGACUGGAAGCCACCUUGGCCCUGAUUUACCUCCUAAUUUCUAUGGCGGUGCUUGUAAAUAACUCAUGGCAUGUCAGGCAUGCAUUGUAAAAUAAAUUAGUUUUUAAAAGUGCAUGGGUCAAUCACUUAGUCCUGAUUCAAAUCUUUUUUUUUUUUUUACCUUAUUGCAUUAAGAAAUAAUGAUACUUUACCACACUGGAAUUGUAUGAAUUUUUUGAGAAAUUUUAAGGUAUCCCAACUGCCUCAAAUGAAAAAAGUCUACUAUUAUUCCUGCAAAACUGAAUUACAGCGGUCCACACAGAAACCACAAACAACAAAUUGAGCAUUUUUCAAACCGCAUCUCCAUGGCCAGUAAAAUGUGACUUCUGGCCUUUCCAGUCAUAUUCAGUUCUUACUCAUCCUAACCCAGAAGUUCUGACACAAAAUACUGAGUAUAUAGUUCCCCUUCUUUAGGCACAGAUGCUAAUAGACACUCAGCAAAAAGUAGCCGAACAUUUAGUGUUGCUACAUGAAACUACAUAGGAAUGAAAAA